UGGAGUUCAGGAGAGGAGGAGCAAACCACUAGCCAUGCUGCACUCCAGCUUUUGGUCCCGUCUUUGUUAGCUGAGGGAAGUCUCUGCCUCACUUUCCCUUUACCAACGGAGGCGAGUUUGGUAGUCUAUUCUCUCUUUUUUGGGGGUGAGCCUUUCUUCCGCCUCUUUCCGUCCUCGCUCCUGUCGCCGUCCGACUAAGUGGAAGGAAGAAGCAUAUCUGUUUUUACGGAGGAAAUACCUGCCUGCUCGUCCGGCACCCAUGAAUUCGGAUAUAAAUGUGUACCUCGGCCGGGACAAAACGGGCAUCAUGCGGAAGAGAGCGCUGCUCCUUCGGAAAGGGUGCAGUUUUGAGAUUAGUUCGAGCUCUGCCUCGGAGGACUUGGGCUGCAGGCGUGGAGACUUCAGCCGAAAACACUAUGGCUCCGUUGAGCUGCUGAUCUCUAGUGAUGCAGACGGAGCCAUACAGAGAGCAGUGGAGAAUGGCUCAUCAGAUGAGACGACGGACUACACCCCGGGAACCUGGAGAAGAACCGAUGUCCAUCUGGAGAACCCGGAGUACCACACCAGAUGGUUCUUCAAAUACUUCCUGGGCAAAGUCCACCAGAACUAUAUUGGUACGGAUGCAGAGAAGAAUCCCUUCUACCUGUCUGUGGUUCUGUCCGACCAGAACAACCAGCGGGUCCCUCAGUACAGAGCCAUCCUCUGGAGGAAGACAGGAACUCUGAAGAUCAGUCUGCCAUACAGCCCCACCAAAACACUAUCAGUCAAAUCCAUCUUAAGUGCGAUGAACCUGGACAGGUUUGAGAAAGGCCCGAGGGAGAUUCUCAACCCAGAGAUACAGAAGGACCUACUGGUGUUGGAGGAGCAAGAGGGUUCUGUGAACUUCAAAUUCGGUGUCCUGUAUGCCAAAGAUGGACAGCUCACAGACGACGAGAUGUUUAGCAACGAGACUGGGAGCCAGAGCUUCGAUAAGUUCCUUAACCUCCUGGGUGACACCAUCUCCCUGCAGGGCUGGGCAGGCUACCGUGGUGGGCUGGAUACCAAGAAUGACACUACAGGAAUGAACUCCAUCUACACAGUGUACCAGGGCCAUGAGCUGAUGUUCCAUGUCUCCACCAUGCUACCCUACUCCAAGGAGAACAAGCAGCAGGUAGAGAGGAAAAGACACAUUGGGAAUGACAUCGUCACCAUAGUGUUCCAAGAGGGAGAGGACGCGUCUCCGUCAUUUAAACCCUCCAUGAUCCGAUCCCAUUUCACACAUAUUUUUGCAUUAGUUAGAUACAACAGUCAGAACGACAGUUACAGGUUGAAGAUUUUCUCUGAGGAAAGUGUACCACUGUUCGGACCUCCCCUCCCCUCACCACCUGUGUUUACAGACCACCAAGAAUUCAGGGACUUUGUGUUAGUCAAACUAAUCAAUGGAGAGAAGGCCACCCUGGAGACGCCCACAUUUGCCCAGAAGCGCCAACGGACCCUGGACAUGCUGAUCCGUUCCCUGUACCAAGACCUCAUCCCCGACCUCCACAAGAACAUGCUCAACAGACGCUCGUUUAGUGAUGUGCUGCCGGAGUCGCCCAAGUCUGCCCGCAAGAAGGAAGAGGCACGACAGGCCGAGUUUGUCAGGAUAGGACAGGCACUAAAGCUGAAGACCAUUGUCAGAGGAGACGCCCCAACCAGUCUGGUCACUACAGGCCUGUGUAGAAAAGAGCCGUGGGAGUCCCAGUCAUUCUGCAGUACGUUUCCCUAUGAGACAGUGUGUGCUGACUCCUGGGGUCAGUCUCUGCUGGUCGCCACGGAAGCAGCAGGGGUCAUGAUGAUAGAUGAUGCCCAGGUCCUGCCCCCAGUGCAGGUGUUUGAUAAGACAAUGGUGGUGAAACAGAUACACGUUGUAGAGCCUCAGGACCUCCUCAUCACCAGGGCUGACAAAGGGAAGGAUGCGCGUCUCUAUGUGUUCAGACUGAGCAUGCUCAAGAGAGGCUUGGAGGAGAGGCAGCUGGUUCGCACCAAGUGUGACAGUGGAGAGAACAAACUGGAAAAGACCAAAGGGUGUCACCUAUACUCCAUCAACACCCACCAUGGGUCAGAGUUGAGGAUCGUGGUGGCCAUCAGGAAUAAGCUCCUCCUCAUCACCAGGAAACAGCCCCGCCUCGACGGCCUCUGCCCCUUCGCUGCUGCAACCCACUCGCCCGUGGACCAGUUCCAGUACAUACGGGAGAUCUGUCUGUGUGACCCUCCAGUAGUCAUGGCCCUAGUGGACGGUCCUACAGGGGAGAACGACAACAUGAUCUGUGUGGCCUACAAACACCAGUUUGACCUGAUCAACGAGAGCACUGGGGACGCAUACAGGCUGCACCACGUAGACGCCAACCGGGUCAACUUUGUGGCAGCCAUCGAUGUGUACGAGGAUGGGGAGGCUGGUCUUUUGUUGUGUUACAAUUAUAUCUGUUCCUAUAAGAAGGUGUGUCCGUUCAAUGGGUCCACCCCUAUGAUCCAGUCUAACGCCUCUGACUUACACUUCAGCUGGAACCAGAUGCCCAACGCCAUCGUGUGUGCGUUUCCCUACAUCUUGGCCUUUACCACUGACUCCAUUGAGAUCCGGCUGGUUGUCAACGGUAACCUGGUCUACACAGCUGUCGUGCCAGAGCUCCAGCUGACUGCCUCCAGGUCAGACAUCUACUUUGUGUCGUCCGCUCCGGUCAACUCUGCCUCCAACUGCAGCUCCCGGGACACCAGUUCCCAGAGUUCCCCACAGACGCCCACCGGCUACGAGAUGCCCGUGUUCCCAUUGCCUCUCGGAGACGGUGAGACACAGUGUAAGCAUAUCUUCAAGAUCCCACUGAGUAACCUAGUGGGCCGCAGCAUCGAGAGGCCCCUCAAGUCCCCGCUGGUCAACAAGGUGGUGACGGGCCUGACAGCCCCCGCGGGGGCCCUCAUGCAGGGGUCCUCACACACCCUGUCUCUGUCCCGCAUGGAGAUCAAAGAAAUCGCCAGUCGCACCCGUAAGGAGCUCCUGGGCUUGACCGAGGAGCCGAGCAGUAAGACCGACAGCAGCACGGGCAAACAGAGGAAGAUGAGCAAGAAGACCACUGAGGAAGAGAUAAAGGCACGAACAUUGACCUCCACCAGCAGCGACAGAGUGGGCUCGGAGUCGGCCGACACGGACUCGGACAUCCAACGGCACUGCUCGUCCAGCUCGGAGGCGGAGCCAGAGAAAGUGGUGCUUAGAGAGGAGAGCCCGCCAUUGGCCAGCCCCUUCACCCUCCCCACCUCUUUCGAAGAAGACAUCCUGGACCUAAAGUGAAGACAAUCCCAUCAUGCACUUAUUUUCUGCCCUCCUCCUCCUUUCCUCCUCAUCCCUCUUCUCUGCUCCUCCUUUCCUCCUCAUCCCUCUUCUCUGCUCCUCCUUUCCUCCUCAUCCCCCUCUUCUCUCCUCCUCCUUUCCUCCUCAUC